GUUUUUAAUCUUAUCGUUAAUAAUUAAUGGAUUAAAAAUACAACAGGAACAACAGGAAAAGGACGUCAUAGCCUCGAGUUAUUCAUGAAUCUGUUUAUUAACCACGAGAUUUCCGUACAAUUUAAAGACUGCGCUUCGUGGUCAGUGCGCGCGCCUGCCUCGCGGCGCACGUGGGGUGAACGGGGAACUUAACGGGGAUUGGUUCCGUGUGAACGGUGAUCAGCGCGUGCAGCGGGUCCUCUCGCAGGGCGGACGGGGACUCCCGGUGCGACGGGACGUGAUGCAGCGCUGAGUGCGGCAGGUAUUUAAAGCUGCUCGGCGGCUCCGCGCUCCACUGACGCCCACAGGAGGCUGACAGCUGCAACAUGCCCGUCACCGGAGCGCCAGCCCGCCAGCCCGGAGCCAACUCACCGCCACCUUCCUCAGAGGGAAAGUAUGCCAACAUGAACUCCCAGCCCGAGCAGCAGCAGUCCGGUAACGGGUGCGACCACCAGAGUCCAAACCAGAACCACAAACUACAGCCUGAGACGCAGGCCCUGCCCAUGCCGAUCCCAGACCCCCCCAUUCAGUACACGGAGUUGUUCAUCAACAACGAGUGGCUCGAGUCCUGCAGCGGGAGAAAGAUUCCAGUGUAUAAUCCUGCCACGGGGAAGCUGCUGUGUGAAGUGGAGGAGGCCGACGCUGACGAUGUGGACAAGGCAGUGCGGAGUGCCCGAGCCGCCUUCCAGAUGGGGUCACCGUGGCGGUCCAUGGACGCCUCAGACCGAGGUCAACUGCUCAACAGACUUGCUGACUUGGUGGAGAGAGACCGACUCCUGUUGGCGACACUAGAGGCUCUGGACGCUGGCAAAGUGUUUCUCAUGGCGUAUUUUGUAGAUCUGAUGGCCACCAUCAAAACCUUGAGAUAUUAUGGAGGCUGGGCAGACAAGAUUCACGGCAAAACCAUCCCUAUAGGUGAGCUGCCAUCUUUUCAGUGUCCGUCAGCUAGCUUUAAGUGUGCUCAAAGCUAUCGUGAAUUAACUAUUAAUGCUUUUUUAUUUUCAGACGGAGAGUAUUUUACUUACACACGACAUGAGCCCAUUGGAGUUUGUGGUCAGAUCAUUCCUUGGAACUUCCCUGUGAUGAUGUUGGCGUGGAAGAUUGCUCCUGCUCUGUGCUGUGGGAACACCGUAGUCAUCAAACCCGCUGAACAGACCCCAUUAUCAGCCCUGCACAUGGCUGCGCUCAUCAAAGAGGCUGGGUUUCCUCCUGGAGUGGUGAACGUGGUGCCGGGUUACGGUCGGACAGCAGGCUGUGCCAUUUCCCACCACAUGGACGUCGACAAAGUGGCCUUCACGGGAUCUACCGCUGUGGGGAAGCUCAUCCAGAAGGCUGCAGGCGACAGCAACCUGAAAAGGGUUACACUCGAACUCGGUGGAAAAAACCCAAAUAUUGUCUUCGCUGACUGUGACUUGGAGUACGCGGUGGAGCAGGCCCACAGCGGUCUGUUCUUCAACCAGGGUCAGUGCUGUCUGGCUGGAUCCAGGGUGUUUGUAGAGGAACCCAUCUACGAGGAAUUUGUCCGCCGCAGUGUGGAGAAGGCCAGAUCCAAAGUCCUGGGAAACCCCUUGCAGCCAGGUGUUGACCAGGGACCACAGAUUGACCAGAGGCAGUUUGAUAAGGUAAUGGAGCUGAUCGAGAGCGGGAAGCGUGAGGGAGCCACGCUGGAGUGUGGGGGGUCCGCGUGGGGUCAGGAGGGACUCUUCAUUCAGCCCACCGUCUUCUCAAAUGUCACAGAUGACAUGCGCAUCGCCAGAGAAGAGAUUUUUGGUCCAGUGCAGCAGAUCUUGUGCUUCCGCAGCGUCCAUGAAGUCGUCCAGAGAGCCAACGCCUCACACUACGGCCUGGCAGCAGGAGUGUUUACCAACGACAUCGACAAAGCGCUAACGGUCUCCUCUGCUCUGCAGGCCGGCGUGGUCUGGGUCAACUGCUACAAUGCCAUGAGUGCUCAGUGUCCCUUUGGUGGCUUCAAGAUGUCUGGAAAUGGGAGGGAACUAGGAGAAUACGCUCUUCAGGAGUACACCGAGGUCAAGGCGGUCACCAUCAGACUCUCGCAGAAGAGCUCAUAAUGCCGUCCUAUCACAGGACGGACGUUUCCCUGCCACACCGCCACACACAUUUUGCAAUACUCACAUGGCAUCAGGAACAUUUAUUCCUGACAGGUACUUCUAUUUUAUUUUUCAGCGUCUUAUCAACACUGUGCUGACUUCCAUGUGUGUAUGUUCCUGUAGUGCUCCGUUUCAUAUGUACUGGACAGUUUAGUGGACAGCAUGCUUUCUACUGUCGCGUCUCGUUUGUGCUUGUUAGCUUAGGGAAGCUUGUUUUUGUUCAUAUAGCACUUUGCCAGAAAGGAAUUACUUUAAUAGGUGUGAUACAAAAGAUAGAAACACAUUUUACAGACUAUUUACAGGGAUUUCCAAAUGAAAUCAGUAAAAAUGUUUGCCCACAGUAGUAACCAGUAAACCUGAUUGCAAUGCAGUAAACAUGAUCGUGCUCAUAUCUGUAUACGACAAACUUCUGCGCUGUGUUUUGUGCAUUUUGUUGUAGUAAAAACAAAUUGAACUGACGCAUCUGUG